AUGAUUGUUCGUAUUCAUUCAUUCAUCAAUCUAUCUAUCUAUCUAUCUAUCUAUCUAUCUAUCUAUCUAUCUAUCUAUCUUAAAACGUUUUUACUUUCUUUUCAUUUUAUUUUUUUAAACUUCUACAAUUCUUUCUUUCUAUCAAUAUAUUUUCUUUCUUUCUUUCUUUCUUUCUUUCUUUCUUUUAUUUUCUUUCUUUCUUUCUUUUAUUUUCUUUCUUUCUUUCUUUCUUUCAAAAGUGAAAUAAAUCAACAUUUCAGCUACCAACCAGAAUUUAAGCUAUUUUAUCUAAAGCAAUCUGUUUGUUUGUUUGUUUGUUUCUUUCUUUCUUUCUUUCGUUUUUUUUUGUUUUCUUUUUCCGUGAAUAUAUUUUUGCUUUCUUUCUAUUUUAUUGAGCUUUACUUUAACUUUUCAAUUUUCUCCAUAGUCCCUUUCUUUCUCUUGUUUUAUCAUUAUACUUUCUUUCUUUCUUUCUUUCUUUCUUUCUUUCUUUCUUUAUUUCUAUUUCUAAUAGUUAUACUUUCUUUUUCUUUCUUUCUUUCUUUCUUUCUUUCUUGCUUUCUUUCUUUCUUAAUAAUCCUUCUUUCCUUUCUUUCCCUCUAUCUUUCUUUCCCUCUAUCUUUCUUUCCCCCUUUCUUUCUUUCUUUCUUUCUUCACCAUUAA